CCAACGUGCUGGAUAUGGUAAGAGUUUUAACAUGCGGAGCAAAAUAUUUUAUCAAUACUUUGAAAUAGAAUUUAUUAUAAAUUGGAUAAAUCAGAAUGGAUAUAAAAGGGUCGCUUUACAAUUUCCUGAUGAGUAUCUUAAAUAUUCUCUAGACAUUUCUAAUUUGAUAAAAGCCAAAUCUGAAUGUCAAACAUAUGUUUUAGCAGAUACAUCUUAUGGAAAUUGUUGUGUCGAUUUAAUAGCAUCUCAACAUGCAAAUUGUGAUUCACUAAUACACUUUGGCCCAGCUUGUUUAUUUUCUGGAACUAUCAAUGAUAAUAUAACAAAUUUUAAAAAUGGUUUUCCUGUAUAUUAUUGCUUUGCACAUCUUGAUUCAUCUGAAAAAUAUAAUGUGACUGAUUUUAUAAAUUCAAUUUUUUAUGAACCCCUGAAUAAAAAGGAUUCUAAUGCCAAUGAACAAGAACAAAUACUAACAAGUGUAGCCUCUAUUUUUAAUGAGUAUCAAAAACUUCAUAUGACUGAUUCAAAUUUGAAAAUUCAAAUUCUGCUAUUUUAUGAAUUUUCUUAUUUCAGGAAUAUAAUAAAGAAUUUAGAUGCCAUGGAAAUAAUACUGCAAGAAAAAUUCACAGAUAUGUUGCUAAGAUUGAAUAAAAAUAAUUCCAGCAUCAAUUCAGAAGACAAAAAGAUCACUUUAGAUUUUAUUAUCUCAGCCCCUGAUUUUCCUCCUAACAGUUAUUGCUCUGAAAAUAUGUCAGAAACAAAUCACAAUUACUUUAGUAAUAAUAAUAAUGAAAACAAAUUCAUCAGGGAAUGCUCCAGAAUAUAUUUAUCCUCAAAAUCUAUUCAAAAUAUUUCUCCACAUAAUGCAAAUAAACUUGUGAGGACUAAAAUCGUCAAAAAUGGUAUCCUUAAUUUUGUCAUACCACCUGAGAUUUGUAGCUCAUAUAGCUUUAAUGAGGACCAAGUCAAGGAUAAUGAAAAUAAUGAAAAAUCCCCAAACUCUUUUGAUUUUGAAGAAAAAAUUUGCCAAUCAUUCUUGAUUUUUGUGGGCCACCAAGAAUGCCCAGCAUUUACUAGAAUAUUUUUUAGAUAUUUUCCCAAAAUUUAUGCCUCAAAAAAUGGUCUAUCAGGUGGAGAAAUUAAUACUUCUUCAGUGAGAAGGUUUGACAAAGUGGAUUCAUUUUUCAUUUAUGAUCCUAAUUACCAGAAAAGUUUAGAUUGCUUGAUGCUUAGAGACGAUUUUUCUAUGAAUAGGAUGAUAUCCAGGAGGUAUUUCUAUAUUGAAAAAGGACGCCAAGCUAAAAUUGUGGGAAUUAUAAUUGGCACAUUAGCCGAUUCUCGAAUAAUCGAAGCUAUACAAAGUUUAAAAGAAAUGGUAAAAAGAGCUGGCAAAAAGAGUUACACCUUCAUAUUCGGUAAACUGAAUCCGAAUAAGUUGGCUAAUUACGGUGAAGUAGAUGUUUUCGUUCUCCUUUCGUGUCCUGAAACUUGCAUGAUGCCACUAGAAAAAUCGAAGAAUUUUCACAAACCUAUAUUGACCGCAUGGGAAAUGGAAUUAGCUUGCACCGAUCCUGGCGGAAUGGGCGGUCAUUCCUUUGAAACGGUGGAUUUAGAUUUCAUUAACACGCUCUCUUUAGCUGAGCCGCAAGUUCGUGAAACUGGUGCCCUAGCGGUUGGAUCUCAAGAUACCAAUUUAUCGAAUCAAGAAAUUACGAACGAUUCUUCAACUAUGCUAACUAAUAAAAUGGAUAAUUUAGCAUUGAUCCCCAAGGAAAAUUUAGAUAUCAGUAUCGUCACCAGCUAUGACUACUUAUGCCAAUUGAGUUGGAAAGGAUUGGUAUAUGCCGAGGAUUUAGAGUCGCCAACACACCCAGCUCUUAUUUCGAUUGGUCGCUCGGGCAAUGCCAGUCAUUAUAUAUCUGAACCGUCAUAAAGGCCUACAACAAACAAUUCAAAAGCACGAUUGCCCAUUAUUUAAAUUUUUCUUUAAUACUCCUACAUAUAGACCGGACAUUGAAAAUUUUUUUACUCUGGCCCGAGUCUAGCUGUUAGAUGUGGCAGACCCGAUAAAUAAAUGUUGGAAAUAUUUCAUUAUAUAAAUUUUCUAUCACCUUUUUUUCGACAUAAUGCAAAAUUUUUUAUAUAAUGAA